GCCUGGGCGGAGCCCGCGCGGGAUCCGGGUGGCUGCUGGAGACGGGCCGCGGCUGCGGGGCGGGGGUCGUGGCGGAGGCAGUGAGUUCGGAGCCGGAUUCCCGCGGGCAGCGCCCUGUCGCCUCGUGACCCCGGGCGGGAGCGCACCUCGCUCGGCGCCUGCGCGUUCCAGCAGGGCUUCUGUCUUCCCCAGCUCCCCGAGGUCCCUGGCAAGAUGGCAUCAGCCGGAGACCCCACUGCGGGCCCUCGGGAUGCCGCUGACCAGAAUUUCGACUACAUGUUCAAGCUCCUGCUGAUUGGCAACAGCAGCGUGGGCAAGACAUCUUUCCUCUUCCGAUACGCUGACGACUCCUUCACCCCCGCCUUUGUCAGCACUGUGGGCAUCGACUUCAAGGUCAAGACCGUCUACCGCCACGACAAGAGGAUCAAGCUGCAGAUCUGGGACACGGCAGGCCAGGAGCGCUACAGGACCAUCACCACAGCCUACUACCGCGGAGCCAUGGGCUUCCUGCUCAUGUAUGACAUCUCCAACCAGGAGUCCUUUGCCGCCGUGCAGGACUGGGCCACACAGAUCAAGACCUACUCCUGGGACAAUGCUCAGGUCAUCCUGGUGGGAAACAAAUGUGACCUGGAGGACGAGCGGGUUGUGCCUACGGAGGACGGCUGGAGACUCGCCAAUGACCUUGGGUUCGAGUUCUUUGAGGCCAGUGCCAAGGAGAACAUCAACGUGAAGCAGGUGUUUGAGCGCCUGGUGGAUGUCAUCUGCGAGAAGAUGAACGAAUCCUUGGAAGCCAGCUCCAGCCCAGGCAGCAAUGGGAAAGGCCCAGCCCUAGGGGACCCUGUGCCACCCCAGCCCAGCAGCUGUGGCUGUUAGGGGCAGCCUUGGCCCCCACCUGCCUCAUCUGCCGCCUCAGGGACUGUGACCCAGGCAUGAGCCACAAGAGCUGUUCCCAAGCUCAGGGCCCCUUCUUCUCUCCCAUCUACUACUCCCCAGCCUGGAAUGGCUGACUUCCUGUGUCACCACCAUGCUUAACCCCAGGGGCUCGGCUCAGCAUUGCAGGCAGCAGCCUGGGGACAUUGUCAUACACAAGCUUGCUGCUUUCCAAGGCCUUUUAGUGGGGUGGCUGCUGGAGCAUGUCCCACCAUGCCUGGGAAAGAGGCCUCUAUAGUGCCUUCUAGGAUAGAAACACUUUCUGGGGACAUUCUGUGCUGGGCAUUGCCUGGUGUGUAGGAGUCUGCGGAAAGUGUCAUGAUGCAGGUUCUCUCUGAAGAGGCAGAGGCAGCCUCUCUUUCUCAGGACCCCCAGCUUAGCCUUGCGCCUUCCAUGUGACCCCCCAAAUGCCAAGGCUUUAGCAUGAGAUCACGAUUCAAGGCCCCACAGACCCCUCCCUCUGGCUGGCAGAUUGAAUACUAAAGCCCAUUUUCCUGUUAUAGAAGGGAUGGGGACCUGGGUGUAGUGGUGCACACCUGUCAUUCCAGCACUCAGGAGACUGAGGCAGGAGGAUUGCUGAGAGUUCCAGGGCAGCCUGGGCGACAUAGCAAGACAUUGUCUCCAAAAGAAGGGACAGGAAGUUCAGCUGCCCCUGGCACAGAAACUCCAAAAGUGCCUUCCAUGCUUCAAGCCGUCCACAUCACUCCUGACCCCUCAUGCUUGGGUUGAUCCUGGAUUGAAUACUGGACUUUGGGGUAUUUCGGGGAGGCCGGGAAUCAGCUGCACCUUAGUGUUUCCUUUUUGCCUGGCGUUAACCUCAGAGCCGGAGCCCAGACCCUCCCGCCCAGGCACCAUCUGGCUGGUUGUAUUUUAAGCAACAUCUUUCCAAAUCUCACAUCCUGCUCGAAAAGGAACUUGAGCAAUAUUCCCACCGCCCAUGCUUGCCUAGGACUUUCUUCCUUUUUUCCUUCCUUCCUUCCUUCCUCCUCUGUGUGGUCCUGGGGAUGGAGCCCAUCGCCUCAUCCAGGCUAAGCCGGUCCUCUACCUCUGAGCUCCAUUCCCUGCUCCUUUUUAAUUUUGACAGGAGGUGUUGUUAAGUUGUUAGGCUGGCCUCAAACUUGUGAUCCUCCCACCUCAGCCUCCCUGGUAGCUGGGAAUCUGGGUGAACACUGCCACUCCAGGGCUGCCUGUGACUUUCUGAUGUCAGGACUCAGGCUUCUUCAGCUGGAGGAUCCGGUGUCCGUUUCCGGAGCUGUGGCAUCCUUGGGUCCAGGGCUGUGACAUUCAUGCUGACGGAGAAGUCCCCUCUGAGGGCCUCUGCGGGGGUCAGGCGGGGCGGUGAGAGGGCGGGUUAUGCAGCUUGCUUUUGUCACCUGCAUUCUGUGGAUGCAGCCGAGGAGAGGCAGGUCCUCGUGCUAAUGCGGGAUGGGCUGUGAGCAGUGUCAGGGAGUCCUGGGACCCUGGUCCAGAGCACACCCAAGCCCACUUCUGGUGGCAUGGCACCUGCUUCUGGCCCUCAACACCAACCAGAACCCCAUAACAGGACCGCACUGUGCCGACGGUCUGAGGAGAUGGCUUGUGUCCCCAGCUCCCCCGACUCCAUCCCCCAAGUUCCUGUUGCCAAAGUGACUUCCUGUAGCCUUUGUGCCUCUCUCCCCCAGGGGUAUCUGAGUGCUAAAGGCUCGUUUAAGUUCACAUUUAUUUCUAGGGAGCUCCGUGUACCCCACACCAGGAGCUGCCCGUAGAACUUUACAGCGAGGAGAUUUUUGCACACCCAGAAAUUGAAUGAUUACCCGGCAUGGUGCCACACACCUGUAAUUCCCAGCACUUGGGAGGCUGAGGCAGGAAGAUUGCCCUGAGUUCAAGUUCAGCCUGGGCUACACUUGCAGACCCUGUCUCUAAAAAAAAAAAAAAAGUCUUCUAGAGUUCAGCUUCAAGUAGCAGCAGAGAGAUCUGCUUUGAGGUUCGCUCAAGAGUGGAAAUAAUAUAGGAAAAAUUGUGUUUGUUUCUUCUUUUUUUCUUUGUACCAGGGAUUGAACUCAGGACCUUGCGCUUGCGAGGCAGGGGGCCGAACCACUGAGCUAAAUCCCCGGCCCAUGUUUGUUUCUUCUAAAAAUAAAUCAGGUUUCCCAUGGUGUGAUUAGAGAGGGAGGCUCCCCUCAUGAUGGUCACUAGGGAACUAAAACGGGGGGCCUCGGAGGUCGCUGAGGGGGAGGGAGGGUUAAGUUCAUAGAUGGAAAUCACCAGGCCCUGGAAAAGCUCCCGCGGAAGAGCGCGCACCUGUGCCUUAGCGCCCGGCCCCUCCCCCCCAGGACCAUUUCUUCCUCUGCUUAGAAAAGCAAGUAAAGGAUAAAAUCCAGUCCUGGUCUUGCAAUGACGAUUCUGCUCCGUAGCGGCCCCUAGCGAUUCUGAGACACACUACUCUGACCACAGCGGGCCGUGUACACCCUCCGUGAGGUGCUACAUACGCAAUUCCUUGAUAUCCAUAGGGAAAAACGUGCAUUUUCUCCACAUAAGAAAAAAUAAAGAAGUUAUGCCAAAG